AUGGCAGCCCUUCAAGCUAAUCAUUUUAGUUCUCUGAUCUCUCUUUUCAUGGCUAUGCUCUUCCUUUCCCCACUAGCAAUCGCCAUCAACUCGCCGCCUCUUGUUAUCAGCACUUGUAACCAGACAGAGUUCAAAGAUGUAUGCAUUUCGACUCUAAGUUCGGACUCUCGGAGCGCCACCGCGGAUCUGUAUGGACUAGGGAGGAUUUCGACGGAGAAGACGGCUGUCAAGGCCAAAGAAGCGUUGGCUUACUCAUUUAAGGCGAUUAAUUAUGGGCAGGAUUAUCCUCAAUGGGCAGCUAUCUCUGUUUGCUUGCACGGUUUCAACGAUAGCGUUGUCCCGUUGGAGAAGACGGGUUUGCCGGCGUUAGGACGAGGAGACUACGAGAUCGCACAGGGAUUCAUUGAUGAGGUCAAGAUAGCAGCUUCCAAUUGUGCGAAUCAGUCUACCGAUCUUAAGGAGAUGAGCGACAGAAGUAAUUUAUUGCUUAAGGUCACCUCAAACACUAUCUUCAUCUUGAAUAUGCUCUCCUGA